UUUGAUGCAAUGGUUGGCUGGAUUUGUAACUUUGUUCUCGCACCAUUAAAAUAUGAAAUCUCCAAGAAAAAUUUGCAGUCCGUUUACUUUAUGACCGUUAACCACCUUUGGCGCCUAAAUUCAAAAACUCCGUAGCCAAAGCCAAAGAAAGACAGUCAAUCUUCCCUACCGCUUCCCAAAACUUGUAAUUUGUAAAAGACCUCAAUGCACGAUGCCAUAUUUCAAAAGGUGCACAGGGUUAUGUCCCUUUUCAAGCAAUGCACCACCACGAAACAUGUAAAGCAAAUCCAUGGGCACAUAAUCCACAAAGGGCUUGAUCAAAACGUUCUUGGCAAGAUCGUCUCUUUCUGCGCGGUUUCGGACCGCGGAGACAUGGACUAUGCCGUCUCUGUUUUCAGAAGCGUUGAAAGCCCGGAUGGGUUUUUGUGGAACACAAUGAUCAGAGGGUUUGGGAAGACCAGGAAGCCUGAAAGGGCAUUUGAGUUUUAUAAGAGAAUGCAGGAGAAUGGAAAGGUGGCUGAUAAUUUCACACUUUCCUUCUUGCUCAAGGUUUGUGGGCAAUUGGGUUCUUACGUUUUGGGGAAACAGAUGCAUUGUGCUGCUCUGAAGCAUGGGUUGGAGUCUCAUGUCUUUGUAAGGAACACUCUCAUUCAUAUGUAUGGGAUGUUGAAGGAUGACCAAACUGCGUUCAAUCUGUUUGAUGAAAUGCCUCAACCAGAUUUAGUGGCUUGGAAUACUAUCAUUGAUAGUUAUGUCAAUUGCGGAAAGUGUAAGGAAGCACUUGACUUGUUUUUACAGAUGGUAAACAGUGGCACAGAACCUGAUGACGCCACGGUGGUUUUGACCCUCUCGGCGUGCUCUACAUUGGGUGCAUUAGAUUUUGGGAGGAGAGUUCAUUCUUUUAUUAAUCGUUUGAAUCUUAGCAGCAGUGUGACGGUGACUAAUUCGCUUAUCGGCAUGUAUGCAAAGUGCGGAGCUUUUGAAGAAGCAUAUGAGACGUUUUGUAAGAUGAAGGGGAAGAACAUAGUGUCGUGGAACACGAUGAUUCUGGGGCUUGCAACGCAUGGGCAUGCAGACGAUGCAUUGGAAUUGUUCUCGAAGAUGUUGAAGGAAAAGCUUGGGAUGCCGGAUGAAGUAACUUUCUUGGGAGUUUUGUGUGCUUGUAGCCAUGGAGGGAUGGUUGAUGAAGGAAGAAGGUAUUUUGAUGUUAUGAGCAAGGAGUAUCGUAUCCAACCAACCAUGAAGCACUACGGAUGCAUGGUGGAUAUGUUGGGGCGAGCCGGGUACGUGGAGGAGGCUUACAGGUUGAUAAAAAACAUGCCGAUGGAGUGUAAUGCCGUUACAUGGAGGACAUUGUUGGGAGCGUGUCGGCUGCACGGUGAUAUUGUGCUCGGAGAAAAGGUGAGGGGUCAUCUUUUGGAGCUGGAACCAGAUCACAGCAGCGACUACGUUCUUCUAUCGAACAUGUACGCAAGUUCAGGCGAAUGGAACGAAGUUAUACGAGUGAGAAAAUCAAUGAUUGACAGGGGAGUUCAAAAACCAGAGCCUGGUAAUAGCCUGGUUUAAAGGUCAGAGAUCGUUUCGAAAUGACCACUUUCACUUCGGCGUUCUGUAUAAAGUCUCGAAAGUUUUAUAGCAUUCCAUCUAAAAAGAUGUUUUGUUUUUGCUGAGAUUUA